AUGGCAGAGAUAUAUGCUGAUGCGGCUGCUGCCGCAGUGGGUGCCGAUGAUAGUGAUGAGGAGCUUGGAGCUCCUGCUGGGGCAUUUGUGCCUCCUGGGAACCCGUUUUCCCCAGCGUCUGCUGCAAGCAGAGCACCGCCGAACGAGGAGCGGUUGAUGCAAGUGUUGGAAAACCUGACAAUUCUUGUUUCCAACAACACUGCAGCGCCUAGGGAGCAGGCGAUCCGAGGGCGCGACCUUGCAAAGGUCCUCAAGGCUCCUGAGCCUUUCCGUCCCAAGGACCGGGAUGCAGAGCUUUCACUGUGGGCUAAUUGGUCUUGGGAGUUGGAACAGUACCUGUCUUGUCUUGAUCGAGCAUUUGGCGUGGAGCUUCAGACAAUCCGUCGUAGGCCUGCCAAUCCGAUUGCACAUGCAUCCUGGACUGAAGCUGAAGCAGACAGGUCCCGACUUCUUUACGGUGUCUUAGCCGGGCUCUUGCAUGACAAAGGCAAGCGAGUCUUGAAAUCCUUGACAGAUGCAAACGGGUUUGAGGCAUAUAGACUCCUCAGCCAAGAUUUAAUGCCGAGUUCGCGCAAUCGCAUUUUGGCGUUGUUGCAAGCAAUACACUCGUGGCCCGCAUUUGACAACCGGACCGGCCUUAUGACCCAACUCACCCGCUUCGAGAGUGCGGUGAAUGAAUAUGAAGGCUUGACUGGCACUAGCAUGUCAGACGACAAUCGUUUGGCCGCCGUUCUCCGAUGUCUGUCCGGACAACUCAGGACCCAGGCCACCGUCUUGAUCACAGAAAGCUCCACGUAUCAGGAUCUUCGGAAUUUGAUUGAGCGCUGGGACACUUCCCAGACAAAGUGGAGCACUUCGAUUGCCAGCACGUUUGGCAUUGCAUCUUCGUCCUCAGGCGGUCCCGCGCCCAUGGAGAUUGAUCGUACUCGCACCUGUCGUUACUGUGAGCGCAAGGGUCACUUGGAGAAGGAUUGCUGGCUUAAGCAAAAGCAUGAGAAAGGCCGUGUCAAUCAGGUUUCUGAGGUGCAGCCGUCAGACAGUGCAAGCCAGGCUGCAGCAUCGAGCACGGCAACCACAGCCGUUCGCCGUGUGCAGGUCUUUGACCUUGGUGACACGUCAAGCUGGUUUGCAGGCGGCCAUGUGCGUGCCGUUAUAGCCGAGCCGGGUUUGAGAGCCAAGGCAAUCCAGUGCCCCACAGGUUGCAUGCCGAGAGGGAUUUCAGAAUUUUCAGAUUUUGAUUUUCUUGAUGCAAUGCGUGCCAGCCACCUUGGCUUGGGAUAUCCAGUUUCAGAUGUCUUGACAAUUUCGGGAGUUGAGCGCUUCGAGUGUUCGGAUGGCUUGAGCGAUUGUCUUGAUAACAUUUUCAACGGGUUUGAGAGCCGAGGCAAUCCAGUCCCCACAGGUCGUUUUGAAUUUUACGAUCAGUGCAGCGUGCCAGAGGGUCCCAUUUUGCUUGAGCAAGAUCAGUGCAGCGUGCCAGAGGGUCCCGGGUCCGAGUGUGACCACAGCUUCGACAUGUCAGCUUGUGAUGCCAAUGCAGGGUCGUGGUGCAUAGCUGCAUCGACCUUUGAUCUUCAGGACGAGUCAGACUGCAGCGGGAUUCCUCAGUUUGUGUGCGCAGUGCAUUCCAUUGACAUGUUGGUGCACGACUCAGAAGCUCAUGAGAUCAUCCUUGACAGUGGAGCAGACAUGAGUUGCCUGCCACUUUGCUAUGCCACGCAUGGCACCAGUCAGGGCGCCGGAGGCUUGGCAUUGAAAGAUGCACAGGGCGAGCCACUUGCUGUGAACGAUUUGAGAGAAGUUGAUUUCGUUUUGCAGAGUGAAGAAGGUGAGCCGAUUGUGUGGCGAGAAGUUUGCGCGAUUGCACCUGUCACUCAGCCUCUCUUGUGCAAGGGCAAGCUGCGUGCUGGGUGGUGGCCACAGCGCAAGCCCACCAUGUGUCUUGAGCAUGACAGUGGCAUCCGAGUGCCGAUGAGCUUCAAGGGCAAUUCGCUAUGCAUCAAAGCUGCCAUUUACCGUGUCGGUGAGCAGUCUGUGAAUCCUGCACUCCAUGUCAGGUUUGUUCAAGCAACGAUUGAUGCAAGCAUGAUUGAUGCACCGUUUGGAUGGCAGAUGUCAGAGCAGGGUGACAUGUUCUUCCGCGGCCGAGGGUCGCACUUCAUCGAUCCUUCCAUCGUUGCCCCUGUUGGGUGGCCAUGCAGAACCACGCUUGUGAAGCCGUGCCGAGACGGCUACGACCACUGGCUCCUGCUUGAACACUGUGUGAGCUGGGGUGAGCUUCAGGAGUUGUCUGCUGUGCUACCGCACGGGGAAUCCGAUGUUGUGUGUGUGCUCACGACUGAUCGAGCACCGCUUGAGGACAUGAUGAUCGUGCCAAGCAGGUCAGUCAAGGACUACAUCAGUUGGAGCGGGCCGCAGCCAGCAGAUCCCAAUGCAGGGGAGCUUGAUGAAUAUGAGCCCAGUGAUGAUGGAAUGGCAGAGGCUUUCGAGCCCGCCGAGGUGAGUGUGUCUCCCUUGCCUGAUGUUGAAGUUGCAGAUGCGCCGAUGCCAGAGCGCAAGAGUGAGCGAGAUGUUCUGGUGUAUGAUGGCGUCGAGUUGUCUUUGGCAUCGACUUUGAAUGUCAUCAGAGCUUCGUGCAAGGCUGCUGGUCUCUCCCAGUCUGGGAGCAAGCAGCGCUGUCUUGACAGGUUGAAGUGUUAUCUUGAGAAGCAGGACAUUGCUCUGAAGAGUGAGGUUGCUCAAGCAGUCGAAGGCGACAGCACACGUGUUGCAAAAGGUCAGGCAAUGAACAAAGAGCCAUCGAAGGCCGAGCGUGAUUUGCACAAUCUCACUCACUGGCCUUUCCAAGGCUGGUGUGAUCACUGCUUGUCCAUGCGCGGGCUUGAGGACCGACACCAGUCGAUCCCCGACAGUCCCGACCGGGACACGCCAAUUGUAAGCUUCGACUUCUGUUACACUUCCGUGACCACAGAUGAUUCAGACCUUCAGCACCACAAGCUCACAAUUUUAGUAGCGCACGAUACAGCGACAGGUUCAGUUUUCGGACUUCCGGUUGCAAGCAAGGGUAAAGAUGAUUUGAAAUUUGCAGCGAUCGAACUGACCAGAUUUGUGCAGUCGCUGGGGCAUAACACGAUUGCCCUCCAGACCGACAAUGAGCCGAGCACUGUCGCGCUGCAAAACUUGAUCAUCGGUGUCCGAACAAGAUUGAACUUCAAAACCGUUGUGCGCAAUGCUGCUGUCGAGUCCCAUGCCUCCAAAGGGUAUGUGGAAAAGACGGUUGAUCUGCUGCGAGGGCUUUCCAAUGUUUUCCUUGACCAGGCCCGUGCCAAGUUCGGUUUAGGCCCUGAUUACCUAGGACCCAGUCACCCCUUGAUGGCAUGGAGUUACGUGCAUGCAGCGUUCAUCCUUAACAGGUUUGCUGUCAGAGGAGGUGCCACCGCUUUUGAGCGAGCAACAGGGUUCAGGUAUUCAGGCAAGCUUGGAAUGUAUGCCGAGCCCGUCUGGGGCUACCGAAAAGGGAAGCACAAAGGCGACCGCCGAUGGCACAGAGCCCUCAUGCUUACUAAGAGUCCAAGCAAUGACAUGUAUGUUUUGUGCAACUCUGCAGGAGUGUGGCUCACCAAGUCAAUCAGGCGAAAUGACAAGCCGUGGGAGUCCGAGCAGAGUCUGGCGAUUGAUGCCAAAGGAUUUCCUUGGGAUUAUCAGCUUGGUUUGCUUGGCACAAAGGUUGUUCCACAGGCUAGGCAUCGCUUGCCCAAGCCAGCUGACAAGGGUGAGCCCGAUGCUCCCCAAGGUGAGGUUCAGGUUGAGGCGUCAAGAAUGCCAGACAUGCCGGCCAUGGCGGGGAUCCCUCCUGCACCUGUGCCAGCUGAGUCAGUGCAACCGCCAAGCGUUGCGGCGGGGACCCCAGCGCCUUCUUCGAGAGCCACGCUUCUUCUUGACCGGUCUGAUCGUGCUCCGACAAGUGUUGUUGAGCCUGCUGCAGCCCCAGCGCCGCUUGAAUCACCAAUGGAAGUUGCUGCUUCUGAUCCGCCGUCUCCUGAAGGCGGAACGCCGGUGAUACCGAUGACAGAUGAUGAUCUUCUCAUCGAUGUUGCAAAGCGGGCGCAAGAUGCUAUCGAUUUGCAGCCCAGUGGGCAGGCAUCCAAGUACCAGCGCAUCGCCAGGGUUGGCGCUGAGGAGCUUCCCAUCAAUGAUGAGGUUCUUGAAUCAGCCCCUGAGUGGGAGGAUGCUGAAAGGUAUCUUGAGGUGUCAGAUGAGGCUGCAGCUGAAUGGGAUGUGACCAACACUGAGGACAGCCAUGCCCUUGACAACGAAGAGUGUCUUUGGUAUGAUUCGAUCCCUGAUUUGUCCGAGCAACAGCAAGAGGAGCUUGAUCGAAUCGCUGAUUCUUUCGAGGUGCAGCGCUUGCUUCGCAAAGGCGUUCUUGAGGAGAUCGGGGAUGAAGUGGACACGUCGGACCACAAGGAAUUGUCUUCGAAGUUCGUGAGGACAUGGCGUAAGAAACUGCACAAAGACAAGAUGAUGUACUUUAGACGGUCCAGGCUGGUAGCUCGCGAGUACCGGUGGCUGGAGCGGGACAGAGAGGAUCUUUAUGCACCAGCAACGUCAGCCAUCACCACCAAGCUUUUGCCGUGGCUGUAUUGCGAGCUCAGCCGGCAAGCCAGAGAGUCUCCUGAUGAGACCGACCGCAUAGGAGUGAUCGCGCUUGAUGUGCGUGACGCUUUUCUUAACGUCCCUCAGGAGCGUCCCAUGCUGGCCAAGAUCCCUGGAUUUGCAAGCCGAAUGCGGUUUCUCAAGAUGCUCCCUGGACAGCGGGACGGGACAGCCCGAUGGCAUCAAUUCAUCAUGAACUACAUCCGCGAGGAGCACAAGCUCACAAGCUGUGCUGAGUGCCCAUCGGUGUAUAAGAUCGUUGAUCCCAAGGGCCGUGUAAACCCCGGGUUGAUACAUGUAGAUGACUUGUGCCUGGUUGGGUUUGUCCAGUGGCUUCUUAAAGAGCUAGUCCCAAGCUUUGAGAAAACCUUUGAAGUGUCCUACGAGGUAGCCUGCAUGCCUGGAGACAGCUUCAAGUUUCUUAAAAGAGAGCACAUAAUUCUUGAUGAUGGGAUCUUGAUAAAGCCACUUGCGGACCAUGCUGUGAAUAUGGCAAACCUUCUUGAUGUGCCGUUGCAUCGAAAGUUCCCUACGCCGUGCACCAAGGAGCUUCUCAUGCCGGAUGCAAGCAAGGAGCUGGACUCUGCUCGAGCAGCCAAGUACCGCAGCGCCGUUGGGAUAGGCAUGUAUGUGUCACAGGAUCGGAGUGACAUUGCUUUCACGGUGAGGGUGUUAGCCCAGAACCUUAAAGCACCGACCGAGCGCGGCUGGCAGUUUGCGCAACGCCUUGCAGGGUAUCUUGUUGGAACGGCCGGCUACGCAAGCAAGGUGCAUGCCAAGGGCGAUCGAGCAAGCAUUCUUGAGCCACCUGAUGCCGAGGAGUGUCUUGAUGGCGUUCGGCUAGAGGUGUUCUGUGAUGCAGACUGGAGCGGCAACAAGCAGACUCGCCGGUCGAUGAGCAGCAGCUCGUUCUUUUUGAACAGCUGCUGCGUCUAUACUUCCUGUAAGAGCCAACGCUGCGUAAGCCUCAGUAGUGCGGAAAGCGAAUUUUACGCCCUGGUAUCCGCGGCGUGCGACGGCAUCUACCUGAAAAGAGUUCUUGAAUACCUGCUUGAACUACCGGUAGAUCUUUUGAUGAGGACUGAUAACAGCUCCUGUCGCCAGAUAUCUUUGAAGCAGGGUGUAUCAAAGAUCAGGCAUCUUGAUGGAAGGUUUCUCUGGAUACAGGAGAAGACAGCCGAUCGCACACUCCGUGUGCAGCCGGUCGAUGGGAGGAGGAACCCAUCGGAUCUGGGAACCAAGGUGCCGUGCUCAGGAUCCCGCCUACGUGCUUUGUUGUGCAUGCAUGACUUUGUGUGCUGUGCGGGUGACUGCAUAGAGGAGGUAGGCCGUGCAGAGCAUGAUGCGUUGUUGGAGCAGUUGCAGCGUGAGCGUGAAACACAGAGGGUUCGCAGACUUGUGUGUAAGACGCUAAAGAGCAACGGGAUGCAGAGCUUCAGCACUGCAAUGAUGGUGAUGAUGCUGUCGCUUGUGCAAGGUGCCGAGAGCAGUGGUACCAGGCGUGAAGUCGGUGUGCAGACCGAUGAUGAUGCACGGUGGGCGCAGUCGCUGGCCGUCUUGGUGAUUUGCACAUGUGCUAUCCUUCUUGCCUUGAAAUCUUUGAGCCUUGGGCGGCUAUGGACCACAGAGGGCAAUGAAGAUGACAUCACCUUGAACGUGAGCAAUGCCAGCACCUCCACCGAAGAAGUUUAUGAGCAGGGAACCGACGGUUGGUGGAAUUGGGUUCCAUUGACUUUCACCUGCAGCCUUUCAGCGUUCUGCCUGGCAAUCAUGAUGUGCCUGCGACGGGUGCGAGCCGCACUGCAUGCCGCUGAGCAGGAGAACGAGCGCUUGAGCAGAUUGAUCGCUGAAAUGAACUACGACCGUAUCGCUUGGGGAGAAUACCACGAGGCGAAAGAUCGAACAAGAGAGAGAACGCUGCCAAUGCCAGAGCCGAAUCGUGCUAUCUUCAUAGAUGGCGAUGCCGCACGCGGUUCCAACGAUGUGAUCCAGCAUGUGCCUGAGUUGCAUGUUUAUUGCACUUUGAGACGAGGCAAGUCGUACCACAAAAGCAGGAAUUGUACUUGUCUGAACAAUGCUGAUGAGAUCGUGAAGCUUGGAAUCGCCACAGCCCGUGAGCGAGGUUACAAGCCGUGCGGAAGUUGCUUUGGUGGCAGCAAGAAACAAAAGUGA